AUGCCCCCACUGGAACCCAGUGCCGAGAAAGCCUUCCUGGUCGAAGUAGCCAAACAGCAGAUACUCCAGAAACUGAACCUGAGCGAGAGGCCCAACAUCACCCACCCUGUGCCACGCAUGGCGGUGGCCAAUGCCCUGCGGCGACUACACAUGGGCAAAGGCUGGACAGAUGGGAUGGGGCACUUCUCCAGCUGGGAGAAAACAGAGUCUGAUGAGCAGGGGUACGAGAUCAUUAGUUUUGCAGAGACAGAGCCUUCUGGCCUCCUUCAGUUCCAGCUCACCCAUACCAAGGACCAAGCCAUGCAUGUCCUGAAGGCCCAGUUAUGGCUGCACCUUAAGGCGCACGAAAACAUCACAAUACAGAUCUAUGUCGCAGGAGAGCCACAAGUGCUGCUGGGACAGCAGCAGCUGGGAAGCCAGGGGAGUGGUUGGCACACUUUCUCCCUCAUGCCAGCUUUGCAGAACUUCUUUGAGCAUGAAGACAAAACCUUGCGCUUGGAGUUGCACUGCGAAGGCUGCCAUCCCAACAUUAUGUCUUUGAUGGCUACCGGUAGCAACUCCCACCAGCCAUUCUUGGUGGUGAAGGCGAAGAUAAAAGAAUUGGGCCAUCGUGUCGCCAAACGCAGCCUGAGCUGUGACCAGAACUCAGAUUUGUGCUGUCGAAAAGACUAUUAUGUAAAUUUUCGGGAGAUUGGUUGGAAUGACUGGAUCUUCAAGCCAGAGGGCUAUCAGAUCAACUAUUGCAUGGGCGAAUGCCCUAUGCACCUGGCAGGUGUGCCCGGGGUGGCAGCUUCCUUCCACACGACUGUCUUCAAUUUGGUCAAAGCCAACAACAUCCCCAUUGCGGGCCAUUCCUGCUGCGUCCCCACACAGCGACGGGCCCUUUCUCUGCUGUACUUUGACCCCAAUAGCAACCUCAUCAAGACAGACAUUCCCGACAUGGUUGUUGAUGCUUGUGGUUGCAGCUAAAAAUGGGAGGGUAAGCAGAGAGAAAACCGAAUGGACAAAAAGUAGGAAAUGAGUUUCCACUUCCCUUUGGACUCCUACGAACUUCAAAAGAACUCUGAGCCAAACUGAAGGGGUGGUGUUAUCAUGUGGACUCCUUUCAAAAGAGCAACAGUGUUUGUUCUUUCAGAGAGAACAAGUCACACUAAGAUGUAGACUAGCCUGUUUUCUUACCACUGUAUAUUGUAUACUGUAGUGCUAUGCAGGGCUGCCAAUAUCCUUCUAAGUCCUGGGCCACUGUAUUUGUCUUCCUCUCUGACGUUGCUACUUGAUAGACCCUCCAAGCUGUUUCCCUAACUCUUCCCACCCCACUCCCUCAUCUC